GGCAGAUCUGCAAGAACGGCUGAAUACGAAUGAAUCCCUGCAUUGCCCUAAUGUAGGGGAAAUAAGGCGUCCAUGUCCAUGUACAUCCGCCCGCAGUCCAUUUACCCAGAUGACGGGUUACCGAAUGACAGGUGUACACGUACGCACUGUUGUGGACGAAGAUCUGUGUUACUAUUCCCCAAGAAGGACCUUCGUCCAGUUACAGACACAAGCUCGACAAAAUUCAGACACAAAAGGAACUUAAUGGUAAUCUAUUCAUUAUGACAAUGCACGUUGAGGUCGGCCCUGAUAGCACAGCUCCGCCCCAUUCCAGCGGCAUCAAAGUUAUUAUCAUUGGUCUUGGAAUUGGCGGACUGGCUGCGGCUAUUGAAUGCCACCGAAAGGGGCAUUCGGUAAUAGCCUUUGACAAGGCACAAGAGCUGAAACCAGUCGGCGACGGCAUCGCACUUGCUCACAACGCUGUCCGGGUGAUAGAGAAAUGGGGCAAGGGGACAGUAGGCCAGGAGCUUGGACGUUUGAGCUCCCGGUUGAAUACUACAGUUAUAUACGACCAAACCGGUCGGUUUAUAGCUGAGGAUAAGCUCGAUGGGUUUAAGGCGGGAGAGGGCCAUCUGCUCCCCCGAGGAGAGCUAUCGCAAGUCAUGUACAAACAUGCCAAAUCGCUAGGCAUUGACAUGCGGCUAGCCUCGGAGGUAGACGAAUACUGGGAAGACGAAAAUAGCGCUGGGGUUAUUGUGGAUGGGGAGAAAAUCACCGCCGACUGUGUCGUUGCGUGUGAUGGGGUAAAUAGCAAGGCGAGACGACAUAUCAUCGGCUACGAACCUGAACUCCGUUCGUCGGGUAGUUGUGUGUUUCGCGGCUGGAUGACCACCGAAGAGCCACUUGUGGGGUCUCACUGGCUACUGUCGCACACAGACCAGGCCGAUCAAGUCAAAGUGUUUGCUGGGGAUGGGGUACAUGUCCUUCUGAGCACCAUUCAGCACGGCAAAAUGGUCUUUUGGCUGUGUACACAUAAGGAUAAUGACUGCUAUGACCGAAAGAAAGAGGCACCACCGACCCCAGAGGUCGAUGGCAUGAUCCACUUGAUUCGGGACUGGCCGAUGAGGGGCCAAAUUGAAUCCACGAUCCGGAAAACCUUGGCUAAAAACGUUAUGCAUUAUCCACUUCUAAUCAGAGAAGCACUGUCUAAUUGGAGAUCUAAGGGGGGCAGAAUGGUUAUUAUCGGCGACGCCGCUCAUCCGUUUUUGCCUGUCUCGGGGCAGGGGGCAGCCCAAGCAAUCGAAGACGCGGCAGUGCUGGCGAUUACCUUGCAUUUGGCUGGGAAGGAAGAAGUACCCUUGGCGCUUCAUGCAUUGGAGAAGAUAAGGCUUCCACGAACUGCUCUCCUACAGAGAAGUAGUCUUGAACUAGAGCGAUUUUGGCUCAACAUUGACUGGCCGGAAGUUGAAAAGUGCCCUGAGCUGCUAACAAUUCCGCGGCCGAAGUGGAUCCACGGGCAUGAUUGCCAAACCCAUGCUUAUACUGAAUUUGCCAAGGUUGUUAGCGCGAUUCAAAUGCGUGAAGAGUAUCAUCCGCUUGGUGGGCCAAGAGACUCGACGAACGGCGAGAGCCUUUUGGCUUUACUGCGGCAGGACACUUAGUGGAACGAACCUAUGUGAGAGGAUGGGGUGGGUGGAAUCUGUAAGGGCGGGUACUGUACUUUCCACCACUGGUGCCAAGCCUCGCGGUCAUUCGUUCCGACUUGCUAGUCGCCUUAGUUUUAAGGAUAAGUUGUAUUGC